UGCAGCCAUGAACCCCAACUGCGCGCGUUGCGGCAAGAUCGUCUACCCCACCGAGAAGGUCAACUGCCUGGACAAGUUCUGGCAUAAAGCAUGUUUCCACUGCGAGACUUGCAAGAUGACCUUAAACAUGAAGAACUACAAGGGCUACGAGAAAAAGCCGUAUUGCAACGCACACUACCCGAAGCAGUCCUUCACCAUGGUGGCAGACACUCCAGAGAAUCUGCGCCUAAAGCAGCAGAGUGAGCUUCAGAGCCAGAUUCGCUACAAGGAGGAAUUUGAGAAGAACAAGGGAAAGGGCUUCAGCGUGGUGGCUGAUACCCCCGAGCUGCAGAGAAUCAAGAAGACUCAGGAUCAGAUCAGCAACAUAAAGUAUCAUGAGGAGUUUGAGAAGAGCAGGAUGGGUUCCAGCUCCGGUGAGGGUGGAGAGAUGGAGCGCAGGAACUCGCAGGAUGGCGCCAACUACAGAAGACCCACAGAACAGCAGCAACACCACCAGCAACCUCAUCACAUCCAGCCCAGCAACCCUGCCUACCAGCAGCAGCAACAGCCUCCAUUUCAUUCCUAUGGCUACAAGGAGCCCGCUGCUCCAGUUUCUAUACAGCGUAGUGUCCCUUCCGGAGGAGGGAAGCGGUUCCGUGCUGUCUAUGACUACAAUGCAGCUGAUGAAGAUGAGGUCUCCUUCCAAGACGGCGACACCAUCAUCAAUGUGCAGCAGAUAGAUGAUGGCUGGAUGUAUGGCACCGUGGAGCGCACAGGGGACACCGGCAUGCUCCCAGCCAACUAUGUGGAGGCCAUCUGAGCCUUGAGGAGAAGGGGGGACAUGACCCAACACCCAAAGCACCCUGCUCACACUGGGGCCCCCCAUUGCGUGUGCGUAUCUCAUCCAGCACCCUUCUGCCAUUCCUCCACCAGAGCUGCAUCCCUUUCAUGUCCAUACUUUUUGUUCUGAAACUCUGCAGCCAUCUCCCGGUUUCUCUUGCCAGUGUAGCUUUGUUUCAUAGAUCCCAUAGCUCUGUUGGGACUCUGCAGGAGAUCUGUCUAGUGACCAUACCAUAUGGCCCAGAAGCCCAAACCAUUGCAGCUUUUCUUCCCCCUCCUACCUCCUCCUUGUAACUAUCAAGGGGUUUAGGGCACCAGUUGGGGGCCCUGCCUCUCCAGGGGUGCUUUCUGACUGGUGGAAACAGGUUGAGUCACUGGGAUCCUGAACAUGGGGAGAAUCCCAGCUGCCCUGCUCCCCCUCUGAACAGGAGCAAAUCCAUCCAUCUCUACUAGGGACCAAGCCAAGCAGUUAGAGUAACAAGGGACCAAUGACUGAGGGGUUGCUGUUUAGCAGCAGGGGUGAGGAGGGCUUGUGGCCUGCUUUCUGCCUGGUUAACUAGGGUUUCUGUUCUUUAGAGCCACAAGCAUCUCCUGUCUGGAGCUGGUAACUCCCUGGCCUGUGCAGCUUUUGCUCUGGGCCAUUUCCUAGUUUCCAUAUCUAUCUCCUGUCCUCUGCAAAACAUUUCCAGUGAGUUGUUCUCCCAUCAGCCUUUCACCACUACAACUUUUAAUGAAAAAUUCUUUUCUUUUUUUUUUUUUUUUAAUCUUUUCAUGAGCCAAGUCAGUAGAUCCAAAAGGUCCUUGAAGAGGCCUUGUGCUUAGUUCUGUCUUAAGUUUCUGGUUGAUCAUUGUUCUGUGCUGCCUGUCCUCCAUGGCACUGAGGUCUCCAAGGUCCGGUGGGGGGAUGGAGGCAGCUGUGGCAGGGAGCAGGGGGUCAGAACCUAAUCCUGAGGCCUGUGGACCCCCUUCCCCCUUAAGUCGUUCACGGGUCUAGGAGGGGUUGGCAUCUGCAGCAGGGACCACAGCACAGCACUGAGUAUUAGCCCAUGGCUGCUUCUGUCUGAGGGCUCCAUGCUUUGAGGGGGGUAGGGAUGGGCAGGGGAGACUCUACUUUCCCCAAACUGGGACACUGCUGCCAAGCAAGAGGAAUAGUCACUGGCAAGCUUCCUGCCUUUCCCUAGCUGCAGCUGGGCCUUCUGUCUCCAGGGACCCUACUCACUGUCAUGCCUGAUGCCUCCCUGCAGUCAGCUGGAGCAGGCACACACUUGACAGCAAUUGCUUCUAGCCUUUCUCAGUGGCCAUUUAGGCCAUAGUAAAAUGUGUCUGGCUCAGAUUUUACUUUCUGUCCACAAACGAACCAAGCCACGGGCAAAAUAAACCGUCCCCACAUUUCCUUCAGCCACAUGUGCUGGGAACAGGGGCAGGUGAUGUGGAAAUGGUUUUUCCUGGGGCUGUGGUUUACUUCAGGCUUCACAGUAAAGGUGAAGACUGGGAUUUUUAUCUCCACCGAGGUGCGGUUCCUCUCUGCUUUGGAUUGACAUGUGCCUCAUGCUGCCGUAGAGAUCAGCAGGUGCUACUAAAGGGUCUGUGGACUGGAGAAUGGGAAGGGGGCCAAGAUGGAGGACCAGUGCUCUCCACAAGAGGUUCUCUUGGCCUGAUACUUCAGCCACCACCCAUUAGAAAGAACAGUGGGAGCCAGCCAAUGCCCCUGUGCUGCUUGCUUGCUUCCCUCCCUCCCCACCCCCGGGCAGGUGUGCUAGUUUGCCUUACAUUCCAUUUCCAGCCUUUCCCCCUGGAGAAGACAAGCAAUGGACAAGUGUGCUCAGCCCUUGCCUUCUGCACUCUCUCCUUGAUCUGUGCCAGCAGUAGAUGUCUGAGGCUGCUACUGACUUGGAUCACAUCCUGGACCAAAACUUCAAAGCACAACCCCUGCCCUCUUUCUGGUUUGAACUAAGAGCUGGUGGAACCAAAUAGCAGGGGCAACUAUAACUGGAAAUCUCUGUGCAGGGAGGGCAGAAAGGAUGGUGCUGUGUUAUCCUGGGUUUAAGGCACUUGAGUAUUUGAGAAUGGCGGUGAAGCAGCCCCUUUUUCAGCUCAGUCCACUGGGGAGCCCCCUCCACCUCACAAACUAGUUAUGCCACCCUGUUUGGCUUGGCCUAAUGGGGCCUACAUUCCCUGGUGCCUUUCUCUUACCCAAGAACUCCAUGCAGCUUAAUGGGUCUGUGGAAUAACAUGGACCACUGCUCCAUUCCUGAGAAGGCUGUAUAUGGUGUGGCCAGUGAGGUGGUCUCAGCUAGGCCCAAGGGUCUUUUUUUAUUUUAUUUUUUUUUCUAAUGGAUUGAGUUGCUACCAGGCUUCUUAAAAGCAAGUACUGAGCCCCAGUGAGGUGCCAUUAGCUCCCCAAACCUUCCAGAUAGGUCACCCCUCCCUGAUGGGGUAGGGGGGUGGGGGCAGAGGACCACCACAUGUUUACAAGUGCACUGUGCCAGACUUUAACUCUCCUGGCACCUUGACCAAUGGGACCAUUUACACCUUGAUGGGAGAAACUGGAUAUUAGAUAGAGCUGGCCAGAUCUCUGGAAGGAUGCAGACUGCCAUAGAUGACCAGUUGCCCCCCCACAGUGGUGCUCAUGCCCAAGGUGAGGGGAAGGAGUCUAGGAGCCAGGAGCCACCUGGCUAAGUGUUGUAUGGAGAUUAGGGGUCUUUCUGCCUUUUAUUAUUGUAAUUAUUAUUUUUGGGGGUUUUCCUUGCAAGCCAUUCUGAAAAUGGGGACAGCCAACUUCUGGCAGGCAAAAGAAUUUCACAUCCUCCCUUCUCUUGAGUUCUUGCUGUUUCCCUUCUCUCAAAAGCACAAUGGAAACAAAACUGGCAAAAAAACAAAAACCUGAAUUGAAGAUGAGUUGUGUCUUUUAUACCGUGGGGGCCUAGGGGUGGGGUGCUGUAGUGUGUGCAGAAACCUCUGGCUUGGAUUCCUUACAUGCUGCUGUAGUAAGAGCGCCAAUCUGGGAAGAGGGUCUCUGGAGCCCCGGGGAUCCAUUGGCUGAAGAGUGACAAGUCAGUCGCAUCCCAAAAGGGGAAGAUGCAGCCGGGAGUGAGAAUGAGCCAGCAGGAGGUGGGGUGGGGUGGGGAAAUGAGAACCUCUGAUUUCUUUUUUAUUUUAUUUUUUUUAAACCAGCUUUCCUAGCAGGCUAAGGACUUGCAGGGGCAUUGGGAGGGGAUGCAAUCAACUGGGAUGUGGUUCUUGAGGGCAGGUCCCACGUAGCUGAGAUGGGCUCUGGGGAACUGGAAUCCCUGUUGGUGCUAAAACACAUGAGCACAGGAGCUGAAGAAGGGGAGAGGUGAAUAUCCUUUACUGCUAAUGCUGUUCUUAAAGCUAGUUAUUGCGGGGAGGAGGAAUAACAAUGUGAAUAAACUUUUUUUAAUGGACCAAAUAAACCAAGGAAAUUGAGUUUUGGUAUAAAACUUUUUUUAAUGCUACCAUGAGUCUGUUGUCAUUCUCUCCCCUUUCAUCCAUUUGCCCCUUCUCUCCUGCCAUGGGAAACAAACCUCUUUACUGCUUGAUUUCUGCCUUCUCUCUGACUUAUGCACUUUUUUGCCUUUUUUCAUAGCUGAAAAGCACCUAAACCUGUAUUUAAAAUAAAUAGAGAAAAUGUUUAAAAAAAAAUAAAAAAAAAAUUACAAGCUAAAUUGCAUCAGAUGUAUAACCAUUUCAUCAGUGUGUAAAAUAAAUCUUGUACAUCUUAGCUUUCCAUGUCGCAUUUCAGUGCCGGGCUUGAUCAGUUUGUUGUUUGUUUCUGUUUUUUUUUUUUUUCUUUCUUUUUGAUUGGGUUCCUGUCUUUGUGUAUUUCUUCCCAUGGGCUCAAGUGCCCAGAAAUGAAACUUAUUUGGCCUUUUUAACUGAACCAUUGAGCGGAACAAACCGACAACUUCUCUUCCUGGUUUACUCAAAUUAAAAAUAAAAGUAUAAUUUUUACCUGC